AUGUUCGUUAAGAUUCGUUCGACGCGCAUACAGAUAGACAGACAGAUCACUGACCACGCACAUAGCUCCGUCCCGCCCGUCGCCUCAUACGCUCAGCCCACCGAGCCCGUGAAACCAAAGGUCAAAGGCGAACCCCAACUCAUCGGCGUUGUCAGCGACCCUCGCCUGAACCGCGACUCGGGCUGUUCGGUUCGCCUGGGUAGCCGUGUAUUAUGGGUCUACCGUGAUACGCAGUUCACCAAUCCCGACGGCAGUGUACGCAACUUACCUAUCAUCUGCAAUACCGCGUCUUGGUCGGACUACCAUCCGAACGGUCAGCCCGUGUUGCAAUCGAACCAUCCUCAAGCCGACGCUUUCCGUGAGACGGCGUUGUAUCAGUAUGGUGGGCCGAUGAGUGAUGAGUCGUUCUUUUCUCUCAAGCAUUAUGAUUGUCAUCCUGCGGGCAAUCGGGACGAUGGCACUCGUAUCUGUAUUUGGCCCGAUACUCCCCCAAUCGUGACCCAAACAUCCGAGUCAGGUCAAAUCACCGCCUACUCCUGGAUCCGGCGCUCCCACAUCACCAACACAAUGGGCGUAGUCGUCGAGAACCCCGCCGUCGCCCUCUACAAAAUCACCUACGACCCCGCCGUCCACACCGGCGAUAUCCUCCCGGAUGUCCACCUCGUAAACAAAUCCUUUUGGCCCGAGAACGCCAUUCCCUACGGAAACUACGGCACCUUGCUCUCGAAGGACAAGUCCACCCUCUACCUCUACGGCCAGACGGGCGGCGGCAUGCACGUGCGCACAUCCCUCGCUCGGGUCCCAGUCUCCCACAUCGAGGACCCUUCCGCCUACGAAUUCUGGGUAUCGAACAGCUGGACCAAGGAUAGACCUACCAUCAACCAGGACGGAACGUGGCUGAUCGAUUGUAACAUCGGCGGCCAGGGAACUUAUUUCUUCUCGGAACUCUGGGGAUGCUAUGUCUGGAUCGGAGGCGGACCUUUCCCCGGCCCGAGUUUCCACAUCACGACCGCGUUGCAGCCCGAGGGUCCUUGGAUCCAGCCUUAUAAAUUCUUCGAGGCGCGGAAUGGGAGUGCGGAUUUGGGCGCUUAUUCGUUACAAGCUCAUCCGGAUCUUAACGCGGAUCCGAACGAUAACGCCGUCUAUUUGACGUAUACCAAGAACGACAAUGUUCCUGGUGGAGGGACGGCGUAUUCGACGCCUUUGUAUCGUGUUGAGUGGGAAUGA